ACGGAUAGAGUUUGACUGUCAGGCAACGCGAAUCAAGCUCGACAUUUCGCUCAUUUGGAUGUGCUGCAAAGCAAUCGAAAGUGCAUUUAGUUUGUGUGUGGUCAGGUUUUUUCUGCGCUAAAACAUUUUGCAUUAACGAAGCAACGUUUGAAGUGAUUCAUGAAGUAACCGUGCAGUGGUUUGUGGAAUAGUUCCCGCUAAAAAAUUCGGUGGAUAUUGCUUCCGCUGUGGUACCAAUUGUUAAAUAACUUAUUGGCGCAUCCCCCACUUGUCAUCUAUUAUUGAACAGUUUGUUUAAGUGCAAAUGUACCGAAGUAGUUAACGAAAGUUACAGUGAUAAGAAGAAAACAGGAGUAUCGUCGGAAACCGGCUAGCAGAAGUAUCCUGUCCAGUCUACGAGUGUGCCGGAGGUAGAAAGUUGAAAACUGACACAACAACAGAGACUGACGUCAAAACAGCUUUUCUGCAAUAAGGUACUUAUCAAUGGAAACAUCAAAUCAUCCAUCCGGAGGAUAGUAGAGCGCUAGAGAAAUACCCCUUGCCGGAUCAACGCUUCCCAAACAGGCUUUAGAACGUGCCAGCAUCGAUCAAACAUUCAAAAACCUUCGGUUUCUGCUUCCGAUUCGGAGGGUGAAACAGAAAAAAUGGCCCGGCACAUUAUGGCCGUAUGUGUUGUAUGUUUGCUAUGUGCUGAUCAUCUUCCCUGCAAACAACACGACGACGAACAGUUCCCCGGGCGGAUAUCAUCGGUGCCCAGUGUAAACUCCGUCCUUCGGAGGGAGUUGGAUUUCCGGCGGUCAGACGGUGUGCACACUACCGUCCACGAAAAAGCUCGCCUUGUCAAGCGUUAUACGCACGGGAACGGUCAUCAUAAACAUCAUGAUCACAAUCACAACGAAGAUGACGACGACGACGAUGAAAUGCUCCAUAAUCAUGCAGCGAAAGAGAAGCUGGACGACUUUAUGCAGCGAAUUUUUGCCGAAUUCGGUGAUCCUCACUCGAUGACGAUGGACGUGCAUGGGUUUGAGAACAUGAUGAAGCGAUUAAACAUGUACCGAUUGAUGACGGAUGAGAUGACUAGCAGCACACCCAUAUCACGAGUGGGUACAACGGACGCUGAUGGGGAUGAAGAAAUGUGUAUCAACAGUGUCAAUUUCCUGCAACAAAUCACAGCUCCUAAAACACAAAUAACCAACCUCUCCCAGACACACAACCAUGCAGCUGAAGGGAGUAUUAGCAGUGAUAACUUAAAAAUCAACAGCAGCAGCAAUAGCAGUAGCUCUAACUCUAGUGAUAAAACGGCCAAUAAGACUAAUAUAAGCAGUACCAACAACAACAGCAGCAGCAGCAGUAGUAGUAGCAGUAGUAGUAGUAGCAGCAGUAGCAGUAUCAGUACCAGUAGUACUAACAGUAGUAAUAGUAGUAAUAAAAGCAUUACAAGCGAACUGGACCGAUUGAAAGCAUCUAUUCGGUUAGACCGAGAUGAUCUGUUUAACAUCUGUCCAAUUUUGCUGGCCCAACUCUCGUCGAAGACAUCCCGGGAACGAGCCGGUUGCAUUGAUCCCAGUAGUGUCCCUCAGUGGAGCACGCUGGUGGCAGGAUCGUCCGUGACGUCAAUUCAACAUCAAGGCGAUCACACGCACGGUGAAGAUUCGAUUGAGCUGUCCGUAUGGAUCUAUUCAACACUAGCGGUACUGGGCGUAAGUUUAUGCGGUUUGUUGGGUGUAGCGGUGAUACCUUGUAUGGAUAAACAUUUCUAUCAGCACGCUCUACAAUUUCUAGUAGCACUUGCUAUUGGUACCCUGUGCGGAGAUGGUCUGUUACAUCUGCUUCCGCAUGCGAUGAUGACUCAAACUAUGGUGGGUAAUGAGCACGACGAGAUGAUGUACAAAGGAUUGGCAGCUGUGGCGGGGAUCGUGUUUUUCUAUUUCAUGGAACGUUUCCUAACGGUCGUGGCCGAAUGGUACAAACGGGAGGCUAAGAACAAUAAACCAUCGUCUAGAGUUCGCGUGAUUCGCGACAACGAUGCAGCUUCGUUGCAUAAUGCCAUCGGCACGGAGAAACAGUGUAAGCAUAAGUACAGUUCCUAUCCCUAUUGUUACGACGAAAUCGCAAUGGACACUAAAGAUGAUCAUCACGAGCACAAUCCUGUGGCGAAUCAUCAUAAUAACCACAACAACACUUCGGCCAAAUGUGCGAACCACGGUGAACAUGGAGAUCAUACGGGCGAGUACGUUUCCCUCCAUCAGAGCAAUGGGAAGGAAGAUCUAGGUAAUCAGGAUAACAAUACAGUCUCAACUAAUCUGGACGAUGCGUCAAUCGAGAGCGAACAGGCAAACCAUAAAGCUAAGAUGCGGCCGGAAAAUUACACCAUUAUUCUCCGCGAGCACGAAAACAAACAUCACGGUCAUUCGCAUACCCAUGGACACGUGCAUUCGCCACCGGAAUCACUAUCGGCAGUCGCCUGGAUGGUCAUCAUGGGCGAUGGUUUGCAUAAUUUCACCGACGGAAUGACUAUCGGGGCUGCCUUCGCCAAUAACAUUGCCGGUGGGUUUUCCACCGCCAUUGCGGUGUUUUGCCAUGAGUUGCCACAUGAGCUGGGCGAUUUUGCAGUUUUGCUCAAGGCAGGUAUGUCCGCCCGGGAUGCCGUUUACUACAAUCUGCUAUCGUCAAUUCUGAGUUUUAUCGGAAUGUUGAUCGGGAUUGUCAUUGGACAUCAGCCGGAGGCUUCCGCAUGGGUGUUCUCCGUGGCGGCAGGAUUGUUCCUUUACAUUGCUCUGGUGGAUAUGAUCCCAGAGCUAACAUCUUCUCACGGUGCCGAGGAUCGCUGCAAGACAUACGAUUUCCUACUACAGUUUCUCGGCAUGAGUGCCGGGUUUGGCAUCAUGUUACUGAUUGCUGCUUACGAACAUGAUCUCAAAGAACUUUUCGUCGAUUAGAAUUUAUCGGUAAACACAUGAAAAGUGAAUCGAGUUUUAUCGAGUACAACCUCGGAUAAGCUCGGUUUGUAGAUUUCGAUGUACGGACUGCUGUUGAUGAGACUCCCUAUUAAUGUUGCAGCAGCAGUAAGAUGAUAUCUAGACUGCAGAUAAGAAUGAUUGCGCUAUGCAUGGAUACAAAAGCACUAUCAUCAUCUAUUAUUAUCUGAUAAUUAACAAUUAAGCGAAAUGUUUGAAAUAUUCCGAAUAUUUCAUUGCAUAGUAAUCUAAUUAUUUCAGAAGAGUAUUUUCACUGGGCGGCUUUUUUUUAUCACAGUUUGGAUAAAAUUUCAUCAAAUUUAGUGCAUUGUGAAACAACUCAAAAUCCAAACAGGUUGCUUUAAAACUAUUUGUAAAAUCAUGAUUUCCUGAAUCCUUUCUAUACAAUCAUUUGUAAAUUACUAGAUAGUGAAUUAGCGCUCCAUGGGAGCUGCUUACGUAAUAUAUCCCAACGCAGGCCCACAGUACUCCACAUUUUCGCAACAAGGUUAUAGUUAGCAGGUCACAUUGGCACUGCUUCACCUCGCAGCGUAGAUUCCGAUAUCAUGGUCGUCUAUUUUACCUUGAGAAGCUUAUAAACUAUACUUACAAAGAAAACAAAUCAAUGCAUUUAUCAAUACAGGAUCUAAAAGCAGAAGGACCACGUUACAAAUGAAAAUUAGGUUUUUAGUUAUCUUUGCUGUUUGCCUUGAAUCGCUUCUGCACUUUACCUUUAGUUUCCUAGUACUAAGUAGAAGUAACCAAUUUUAGCUACCGUUUGUUUAUUUUCUAAUUAUGUCAUCUAAUUUAAGACUUCAAUUAAAACGCUCAGUUUUGAUGCAUUCUUUAAGAAUAACUCUUAGUUGCAGGCGAAAGUAAAAACAAACUUUAGUGAAUCAUCAAAACGAUCAAUAAAAACUAUAGAUUCAAAUAAAAA